UUAGGGUCACAGGACGGAGCUAACGCUCUACAGUGGAUAAUUCUCAUUUUAGUUUACUUCAACAACAACAGAAUCAAAGAAUGUAGAGGUCGUUUCAGGGUUUUAUAUUUGUCUUAUUUUAAGAACUUCAAUGUAAAGUUUUGAGCUUUUAAAACAAACUGCAAACAGGAGUGAAGAGUUGCAGCCUGUUGUGGAUCUGGAUCUAUUUUCAGCCUGACAGCUUCAUGGUGGCGACAGAGUAAAGAUGAAGCUUUUGGCCUUCCUGUGCCUGUCCGUUCUCUUAGCUCACAUUCAUCUCUCAGUUGCAGGCAAAAUCAGACUGUCAAAUCCUUUUAAGAAGACGACAAAGAUAAAAACCAAUCUGGAUGCCAAAACUAAACAUUCAAUCCUGGAUAAGGCCAAAAAACCCACUUCAAAUUCAGGAAGUUACCCUAAGCAACCAGAAGGAGGCUAUCCUCAGUACCCAGGUAACCAACCUCAAUAUCCAGCAAGAGGCUAUCCUCAGUACCCAGGUAACCAACCUCAAUAUCCAGCAAGAGGCUAUCCUCAGUACCCAGGUAACCAACCUCAAUAUCCAGCAAGAGGCUAUCCUCAGUACCCUCAGUACCCACAGUUUCCUGCCGGCCAUUUCCCAGCUCCAGGGUAUGUAGGAGGUUAUGGAAACUAUCCAGGUAGCUACAUCAACCACAACCCAAACAACAGAAUUCUGAGCCCUCAUUACGGUGGGAGUUUUGGAUAUGGUGGUUACGGAGGUGGGGGUGGUUCUCCCUUCUCUCUCUCGGUUCAGAAAAUGGGAUUUGUUCCGUCUGAUCAAUCCAAAGGGUUCGGACGCAGUGCGGCAAUGGCGGCGGCUGGAGGGGCGAUGGCAGGAAUGGCCCUGGGCUACGGAUUAGGGAAGUUCCCCCAUCCCAAUUUCCACUUCCACAAUCCCCACCAGGAGUAUUACUACAACUACUACAUGUACAAGCGAUAUGGUAUGAAAUCCUCUGACAGCAACGACUACAGCAGGGACUACAAGUUCAAUCAACCACCUGAGGAAUUUGACAAGUUCAUGACCUCCUGCAUGAAAAGGACAGACCUUCUGCCAGGAGAGAACCAGAGGUCACAAACCAAACCACUGACCACCACCACAACAACAACCACAACAACAACAACAACCUUUGCAGCUAGCACAACUACUAUCACAAGAAGCAACAUCACUGCACCGGGGAACGUCUCCUUCACCACCAAUUCAACCACCAACCCUCUCAAUAAGUCUGAUGUUACAAAUCUGAAGGCUUCACAAAAUGUCCAGAACAAUGAGAAAAAUGAUGACACAGUCAGUAUUGUGGAAAUUGGCUAUCCAGCAUUGAUUAACCAGAUGAAGGUGAAAAGAUGUACGGAGCUUUUCGUCGUUUACUCUGAGAAACACUUGAAGAAAAACGAACCGUCUUCACCUCACGGUGGGAAAGAAAGCCUGCAGAUGGGGCAGCAAGGGCUACUUUUUGUAUUCAUGAGCACAACUAUGAUGUUAAUGCUGCACAAUUAAGACCUCCACUGAAAAUUAAGUAGAAAAAUAAAGAUAAUGCAAGUCUGGAAACAAGCAAAUGUAUAUAUUUGUUUAAUUAACGGUUUUUACGUUGCAUUCCAGCAUGACUUCUACCGUCUGGCUUCAUGGUUCAUUGUUUUUGCUCAUGUGAAGUGAAUUUUUUUUUAAAGAGAAAAUGUUUGUAUUCAUGCAUCAUACAGCGUUUUUUUCUGUAUCACAUAAUUCUAAUGUUAUUGUAUCAUAGUCAAGAUGUUUUUCCGUGCAGAUGCAGAGGGUGUGCAAACUAUUUAAAUAAGAUGUGUUUGCUAAAGUUUCCCAGACGGGUCGUCUGGGAACUUGCUGUUUUUUUCUGUGGCCUUUCCUGCACGAAGAUAGAGUGUUUAGUUUUCGCAUCCCGUAGACAUGACAGUGAAUGAGCAUACAAAGUUGAACCGUUCCUUCAGUCUGUUUUUCUAUGUUUGGUCCUUGAAGAUUAAAUCUAUGCCUAUGUUAGCUGAGAGAGAGGUGAAUAAAGCAACUGUGUAACUCUGAGUUUGUUAGAGCACAUUUUUCCUCAGUCCAUGGAUUUCUGUUCUCUGGCCGUAAGCACAUUAAAGAUUGAUUUGGCUUCCUGA